GAGGCUUCUUCUCUUAAAUUACCUUGGAUUUAAGAGAUUCCUUCGCCGUCGGCGAAGAUGCUACAGCAUCAGAUCGUACAAUCUCCGGCGAGAUUAGGGCUAACAGGUCCUGGUUCUCCCUCCGUACAAAAUCCAACGCCUACUCGUCAUGGCCAUCCAACCUCUUCUUCAUCUUCCCAAUCUCAGCAUCAACAGAUCCAACAACAACCUAAUCUACUCCCUUCCUCCACCGUCGCCGCCGCUUCCUCAGCCUCAGCUGCAUCGGCUAUUUCAUCCUCCGCUUUGCUAUCUCUCCUUCCUCCAUUACCGCGAGCUCAAGCUCUUCUCCAGCAGAUGGCGGUUUUGACGUCUAAGCUCUUCGACGUAUCUCCCAAUCGAGCUCUCUGGCUCUCAGCUUUCCGUGGCUCUCUCCCUUCGUUCCUCUCCUCACACUCGUUACCACCGCCUCCGCCGCUUGAAAAUCCUAAUCCUUCAUCCACGAAGGAGAUCCUCUCUCAAUUCAAUUCCCUCCAGACUCAGCUCUUCGAAGCCGUGACAGAGCUUCAAGAGAUCCUCGAUCUGCAGGACGCGAAGCAGAAGGUCGCGCGUGAGAUCAAAUCCAGAGAUUCAUCUCUUCUCGCGUUCGCUAACAAACUCAAGGAUGCAGAACGUGUUCUCGAUAUGCUUGUUGAGGAUUACUCCGAUUAUCGCAAACCAAAACGAAGCAAAAUUGUGAGUGAAGAAGAAGAAGACAAUGAUAAUGAGUCUUCUUCUUCUUCGACCACAGUUUCGUCUCAGCUCAAGCUAAAGGACAUUUUAGCUUACGCUCACAAGAUUAGCUACACCACAUUUGCUCCACCGGAAUUUGGUGCAGGGCAAGCACCUCUCCGUGGUGCAUUACCACCAGCUCCACAAGACGAACAAAUGAGAGCUUCUCAGCUCUAUGCUUUCGCCGAUCUUGAUAUCGGUCUGCCGAAAACAGUAGAAAACAUGGAGAAGAAGGUUGAAGCACUCAUUGAGCCACCACCACCACCACCAGAAGCUAUGGAUAUCUCUGCAAUUCAUAACCUGCUUCCGCCGAAUAUCGCAGUUCCUUCAGGAUGGAAACCAGGAAUGCCAGUCGAAUUACCAAGAGAUUUACCAUUGCCACCUCCUGGAUGGAAACCAGGUGACCCGGUUGUGUUACCGCCAUUGGAGUCAAUUGCUGCACCUAGAGCGGAGGAUCAGCAGCAUAUGCGACCUCCUCAGGGACUUCACAGACCGCCUGAUGUCAUACAGGUCCGAGCUGUUCAACUUGACAUCUUGGAGGAUGAUGAUAGCAGUGAUUACAGCAGCGAUGAUGCAAGCUCAGAUGACGAGGAUUGAUCAACAUUGUAAUUGAUGAUGCACUCUACUAAGGUAAUAAUUGACCAAUGUUACUGCUAAUUCUUGAUCAAGUUUGAGUGAAAUUUUCUACUUGGUUUUGUUUUGUUUUAGCAAUGUCUUUAUGUGGAUAGAUGUUAAGUAGUAUAUGCUUCAUCGUUAUCAGUAUCUUUGAUGUAUCAAGAUUGUUUCUUACGAAACCCUGGAUUCUAAUUCAGUUUACAGAGUUAUUGGUCAUCUUUUUUCUAA